AGUCAACGCAUAUAACCUCAAGAUCGAAGAAGUUUCCAUUUGUACUAGCCUUUGCAUUUUGAUGUGACUGCUUGUACCCCAGAGCACUCUGCAUAAAGCUGUUACCUCGACCUCGACCACAGACUCAAUUCUUCUCCGUUACAGAGUCAACUUGUUUCUGAAGGUCUCUAUCUAAAACAGUCAUGGAAGCCACCCUGACAGCCAGUGAGUGCCAGGUAGAGGAACAGAAAGACCUACUGCUAUCACUGAGAGCCACAGUGGAGAAACAGAGUUCUGCACUCCAAGAGCUGAGAGCCACCGUGGAGGAACUGAAGAGAGAGAACAGAGAGAGACCGAAGGUAGCCUUCUCAGCUUCACUGUCUGAAACCAAAGGACCAUACAAUACUGACAUCACCCUGGUCUACAAGCAUGUCUUCACCAACACUGGCAAUGCUUACAGUCCGGUGACUGGCAUCUUUAAGGCGCCGGUGAGUGGAAUCUACUACUUCAGGUACACUGCCUUUGGAUUCACCUCCAAACAUAGAAGAGUGUCCCUGUACAAAGGAGGACAACUUAUGGUGACUGUGACUGACCAUAGCACACCACAUGAUGGAGAAGACAGUGGAUCCAAUGGUGUCACCCUGCAGCUGAAGGAAGGUGAAGAGGUCUACACACGUCUUAAAGCAGAACAUCAGGUCUAUGAUGACGGGGCUCACCAUACCACCUUCACCGGCUUUCUGAUCUGCGCUUAGGAAGCAGAGUAACAAUUGUUAGCAAAAAUUAGCAUUUGAUUACAAAGUCAAAAUUCAGCUUUUUUAUUCAGUAAAAUUGUUAAUGAAUAGAUGUUAACAGUUCCAGUGAUUUACAUUCUCUAAAGUAAAAUAGAAAAACAUUGUAGGUUUUGAUAACAAUGUGACAAUCCUUUAUAAAGGUUUUGAUUUGCUACUGAAAUAUAUCGACUGUGGUGUUUUCUGCGAUGCUUAAGACAUUGAGUUGUAUGUAUCUUUGAUUUAAAAAUAAAAUAUGAUUAAUAAGA